UGAGACUGGUGCGCAGUCUAUUUACUGUAAGGCCAGCUGCCGAAAACACCCUCUCUGAAGGUACAGAUGUGCCAGGUAUGCACAAAUACUGUUUAGCAAGGUUGGCCAAUCUGGGAAAUCGACUGGCGUUUAGCUUCCACCAGUGCACGGGGCUCAUUUCUAGGCCAAUGGGACUGUCGCUAAGAAAGUUUUUGACUUCGGUUUCACAACUGGUGAGGGCUGAUGAAAAGUAGUUUUCGCCAAGUAUGAGCGCCAUCGCCGUGGCUGCGCUGUCUUUGGCACUUUGUGCUGGGGCCGCGGCCGCCUCCUCUUGCCCGUGUUCUACACUUUGCGUAACGGCUUCUGUUACAUUUGGUACAUUGUACGGAACAUUAGCUGCAAGGCUACAGAGUUUUGCAUUUGCCAGCGCUCUUUUUUUCUGGAGAUAAGAACCCGAGAUGCUUAUGGCGCGGGUCCAACAUGCACGCAGUCAUUGCUGGGGAUGACAACAUCUCUGGCUCCUCAACCUGCGCACACGUAUUUAGAAUUUACUACAUGCAAACUUUAACUUAGUGAAAUUAUCAAUAAUCGUCUGGUACCUACCUUCAUUCUUUCAGACAGGGAGUUUCGGACUUUAGUUUUAAACUCCACCAGAACCCUGUUCGCGUCGCCUUCGCUUUGUAGGUGUGCAUUUAUUAGUCCAAAGGUGAUGGGAUAGGUGUUUGAAAUGGACACUUCCCUUUCUGCAGACAUAACUGUAGUUGCACACUUGAGCGCUUUUAGAGUUGGCACAACAUCUUCAAUAAGCUGCCAGUGCGCGUCCUUUAAUUCCAAAAUCCGUGCAUCUUGAACUUUCGUUACAGUGCGAUCUGACAGCACCGCAGUAACUGCCCACCGCUGUUCUAAUAGGCGCUCAAACAUGUCACAGACGCUGUUCCACCUGGUUUUACAGGACUGUAUUAGUUUGUGGUGUGGCAGUUUCAGUUGUUGCUGUUUUCUUUCAAGCGCUUUCAUUGCCACUGAGCUGUGGUUGAAAUGGCUCACAAGCUUUGCAGCAGCGGAGAUGACGCGGUUCAAAAAAAGAGAAAAUCCAUCAUUUAUAGCUAGCUGAAGCGUAUGCGCAAAGCAUGACACAGAAUGCCAAUCAACGCCUCUGUUAGCAGCCACAAUGUUUUUUGCAUUGUCGUGCACACAGGCAAUCACUCGUCCCGUAAGAGCCCACUUUUCCACGGACUCCCUUAACUUCUCUGCUAGGUUAUCAGCUGUAUGGCGAACGGGCAGGGCUUCAGUUAAAAGGACGGAUGAUUUUAAAACCCAAUCUUCGUCAAUGUAAUGGCUCGUAAUAGUUAUGUAACUUUCCGUGUUUAGAGCAGUCCAGCAAUCCGUAGUGAUGGCAACUACAUCAGGUGACUGUAGAUCUUCUUUGAGUGAAUCUCUUUUUGCCUCAUAACGUUUUUCAAUGCGGCGUGUGAUUGCCGAACGCGAGGGAAUGCUGUAGUGGGGUUGAACAAUAUUCAUCAGUUCUUUAAAGCCUUCGCCCUCCACCAUUCUAAUUGGCAUCAUGUCCUUUUCAAUCAUUCUGCAAAUCCCCUGUGUUAUGGAUUCGGCUUUAGCACCACUGCACGUGUUUUUCGCUAGCAUCGUGGGGAUGGUAGGCUGGACGAAGGCACUCGCAGGCUCCGCGGCCGCCUCUCUAAUGAUGCCCGGGUGUUGGCUGUUGAGAUGGUACAACAUCGAGGUUGUACUUGAAGUAUAUUUAAGCACUGCAUUACAGUACUUGCAUUUUGCCCCUUCACUCACAAUUUUAAAGUGCUCCCAAGCUGUACUUUUCUUUGCCCGCUUCAUUUUCGAAAACUGAUCAUAACUUCUUCUUGUGGACAAUACAAAUGUCUGGGAGCGCUCUGGCGGUCUCUAGUGGUGCAAAAAUGUAUUACAACUAAAUUCAACGCACGCCAUUGACGCCAAUUAACCGAGCAAAAUGUUUCACUCGGUUAUGCAAUUUUUAACGGUUAAUCGGUUAAUCGGUUAACCAUGGACACCCCUAGUCUGACAUGAUGAAGGACGCGUGUUUGUGUGUGACUGACGUGAUGAAGGACACGUGUUUGUGCGUGACUGACGUGAUGAAGGACACUUGUUUGUGCGUGACUGACGUGAUGAAGGACGCGUGUUUGUGUGUGACUGACGCGUGUUUGCGUGUGACUGACGUGAUGAGGGACACGUGUUUGUGUGUGACUGACGUGAUGAGGGACACGUGUUUGUGUGUGACUGACGUGUUGAGGGACACGUGUUUGUGUGUGACUGACGUGAUGAAGGACGCGUGUUUGCGUGUGUCUGACGUGAUGAGGAACGCGUGUUUGUGUGUGUCUGACGUGAUGAAGGACGCGUGUUUGUGCGUGACUGACGUGAUGAAGGACACGUGUUUGUGCGUGACUGACGUGAUGAAGGACACGUGUUUGUGUGUGACUGACGUGAUGAAGGACGCGUGUUUGCGUGUGUCUGACGUGAUGAGGAACGCGUGUUUGUGUGUGUCUGACGUGAUGAAGGACGCGUGUUUGUGUGUGACUGACGUGAUGAAGGACACGUGUUUGUGCGUGACUGACGUGAUGAAGGACACUUGUUUGUGCGUGACUGACGUGAUGAAGGACGCAUGUUUGUGCGUGACUGACGUGAAGGACGCGUGUUUGCGUGUGUCUGACGUGAUGAGGAACGCGUGUUUGUGUGUGUCUGAUGUGAUGAAGGACGCGUGUUUGUGCGUGACUGACGUGGUGAAGGACACUUGUUUGUGUGUGACUGACGUGAUGAGGGACACUUGUUUGUGUGUGACUGACGUGAUGAGGGACACGUGUUUGUGUGUGGCUGACGUGAUCAAGGACGCGUGUUUGUGUGUGACUGACGUGAUGAAGGACGCGUGUUUGCGCGUGACUGACGUGAUGAAGGACACGUGUUUGCAUGUGGCUGACGUGAUGAAGGAGGGACACGUGAUUGUGUGUGACUGAGGUGAUGAAGGACACGUGUUUGCGCGUGACUGACGUGAUGAAGGACACGUGUUUGCGCGUGACUGACGUGAUGAAGGACACGUGUUUGCAUGUGGCUGACGUGAUGAAGGACACGUGUUUGCGUGUGGCUGACGUGAUGAAGGACACGUGUUUGCGUGUGGCUGACAUGAUGAAGGAGGGACACGUGAUUGUGUGUGACUGACGUGAUGAAGGACGUGUGUUUGUGCGUGACUGACGUGAUGAAGGACGCGUGUUUGUGCGUGACUGACGUGAAGGACACUUGUUUGUGUGUGACUGACGUGAUGAAGGACACGUGUUUGUGUGUGACUGACGUGAUGAAGGACACGUGUUUGCGUGUGUCUGACGUGAUGAGGAACGCGUGUUUGUGUGUGUCUGAUGUGAUGAAGGACGCGUGUUUGUGCGUGACUGACGUGGUGAAGGACACUUGUUUGUGUGUGACUGACGUGAUGAGGGACACGUGUUUGUGUGUGACUGACGUGAUGAAGGACACGUGUUUGCGUGUGGCUGACGUGAUGAAGGACGCGUGUUUGUGCGUGACUGACGUGAUGAAGGACGCGUGUUUGUGCGUGACUGACGUGGUGAAGGACACUUGUUUGUGUGUGACUGACGUGAUGAGGGACACGUGUUUGUGUGUGACUGACGUGAUGAAGGAGGGACACGUGAUUGUGUGUGACUGACGUGAUGAAGGACGCGUGUUUGCGCGUGACUGACGUGAUGAAGGACACGUGUUUGCGUGUGGCUGAUGUGAUGAAGGACGCAUGUUUGUGUGUGACUGACGUGAUGAAGGACGCGUUUGUGUGUGACUGACGUGAUGAGGGACACGUGUUUGCGUGUGACUGACGUGAUGAAGGAGGGACACGUGAUUGUGUGUGACUGACGUGAUGAAGGACGCGUGUUUGCGCGUGACUGACGUGAUGAAGGAUGCGUGUUUGCGCGUGACUGACGUGAUGAAGGACACGUGUUUGCAUGUGGCUGACGUGAUGAAGGGCACGUGUUUGCGUGUUAGUGACGUGAUGAGGGACACGUGUUUGCGUGUGACUGACGUGAUGAAAGAGGGACACGUGAUUGUGUGUGACUGAUGUGAUGAAGGACGCGUGUUUGCGCGUGACUGACGUGAUGAAGGACACGUGUUUGCGUGUGGCUGACGUGAUGAAGGGCACUUGUUUGCGUGUGACUGACGUGAUGAGGGACGCGUGUUUGCGCGUGACUGACGUGAUGAAGGAGGGACACGUGUUUGUGUGUGACUGACGUGAUGGACGCGUGUUUGUGUGUGACUGACGUGAUGAGGGACGCGUGUUUGUGUGUGACUGACGUGAUGAAGGAGGGACACGUGUUUGCGUGUGACUGACGUGAUGAAGGAGGGACACGUGUUUGUGUGUGACUGACGUGAUGGACGCGUGUUUGCGCGUGACUGACGUGAUGAAGGAGGGACACGUGUUUGUGUGUGACUGACGUGAUGGAUGCGUGUUUGUGUGUGACUGACGUGAUGAAGGAGGGACACGUGUUUGCGUGUGACUGACGUGAUGAAGGAGGGACACGUGUUUGCGUGUGACUGACGUGAUGAAGGAGGGACACGUGUUUGCGUGUGACUGACGUGAUGAAGGAGGGACACGUGUUUGCGUGUGACUGACGUGAUGAUGAAGGGCACGUGUUUGCGUGUUAGUGACGUGAUGAGGGACACGUGUUUGCGUGUGACUGACGUGAUGAAAGAGGGACACGUGAUUGUGUGUGACUGAUGUGAUGAAGGACGCGUGUUUGCGCGUGACUGACGUGAUGAAGGACACGUGUUUGCGUGUGGCUGACGUGAUGAAGGGCACUUGUUUGCGUGUGACUGACGUGAUGAGGGACGCGUGUUUGCGCGUGACUGACGUGAUGAAGGAGGGACACGUGUUUGUGUGUGACUGACGUGAUGGACGCGUGUUUGUGUGUGACUGACGUGAUGAGGGACGCGUGUUUGUGUGUGACUGACGUGAUGAAGGAGGGACACGUGUUUGCGUGUGACUGACGUGAUGAAGGAGGGACACGUGUUUGUGUGUGACUGACGUGAUGGACGCGUGUUUGCGCGUGACUGACGUGAUGAAGGAGGGACACGUGUUUGUGUGUGACUGACGUGAUGGAUGCGUGUUUGUGUGUGACUGACGUGAUGAAGGAGGGACACGUGUUUGCGUGUGACUGACGUGAUGAAGGAGGGACACGUGUUUGCGUGUGACUGACGUGAUGAAGGAGGGACACGUGUUUGCGUGUGACUGACGUGAUGAAGGAGGGACACGUGUUUGCGUGUGACUGACGUGAUGAAGGAGGGACACGUGUUUGUGUGUGACUGACGUGAUGAGGGACGCGUGUUUGCGUGACUGAUGUGAUGAAGGAUGCGUGUUUGCGUGACUGACGUGAUGAGGGACACGUGUUUGUGCGUGACUGACGUGAUGAAGGACACGUGUUUGUGUGUGACUGACGUGAUGAGGGACACGUGUUUGUGUGUGACUGACGUGAUGAGGAACACGUGUUUGUGCGUGACUGACGUGAUGAGGGACACGUGUUUGUGCGUGACUGACGUGAUGAGGGACACGUGUUUGUGUGUGACUGACGUGAUGAGGGACACGUGUUUGUGCGUGACUGACGUGAUGAGGGACACGUGUUUGUGCGUGACUGACGUGAUUAGGGACACGUGUUUGUGCGUGACUGACGUGAUGAGGGACACGUGUUUUUGCGUGACUGACGUGAUGAAGGACACGUGUUUGUGUGUGAAUGCUU